CUAUAAAAUUAUAGACUAAUUGAAUACCCUUGGCGAGAUUUUAACUUCCAGUCCUAACGGCCUGUACGGUGAUAGUUUUCAUUGAAAAAGACGGGGAUAAAAGUUCGUCAAAGCGAAUUUUAAAGAUAGUCCUGAAAUCUGAAUUCUCCUGAACUGCUUUAUAACGGAUGAUCCGUCGACGUCGAUGAUGAAGACGAACUACUAGUCUAGAAGAAAAAAUGGAAGGAGCAGAAGCUGCAGACAGAAAUGUUGAGAUGUGGAAAAUUAAGAAACUAAUCAAAAGUCUUGAGGCUGCAAGAGGAAAUGGAACAAGUAUGAUUUCGCUAAUCAUCCCACCAAAAGACCAGAUAUCAAGAGUUGCGAAAAUGUUGGCUGAUGAAUUUGGUACAGCCUCAAAUAUAAAAAGUCGUGUUAACAGGUUAUCUGUUCUAAGUGCAAUUACAUCAGUACAACAGAGGUUAAAACUAUAUAACAAAGUGCCGCCAAAUGGCUUAGUGAUAUAUUGUGGUACAAUAGUUACAGAGGAUGGUAAAGAAAAGAAAGUCAAUAUUGAUUUUGAACCAUUUCGACCCAUCAACACAUCUCUAUAUCUUUGUGAUAACAAAUUUCAUACGGAGGCAUUAAGCAAUUUACUAACAGACGAUACUAAGUUUGGUUUUAUUGUGAUGGAUGGUAAUGGUGCUCUCUUUGGUACGCUAUGUGGAAACACUCGAGACGUUCUUCACAGAUUUACUGUUGAUCUACCAAAGAAACAUGGUCGUGGUGGUCAGUCAGCUCUACGAUUUGCUCGACUUAGAAUGGAAAAAAGACAUAACUACGUCAGAAAAGUGGCGGAGACCGCUGUACAGCUAUAUAUAAAUAACGAUAAACCUAACGUCACUGGACUUAUAUUGGCUGGUUCAGCCGACUUUAAGACAGAAUUAAGCCAGUCUGAUAUAUUCGACCAGCGCCUUCAGUCAAGAGUACUCAAGCUGGUCGACGUUUCUUAUGGCGGGGAAAAUGGAUUUAACCAGGCUAUUGAAUUGGCUUCAGAGGUUUUGGCGAACGUCAAGUUUAUACAAGAGAAGAAACUAAUAGGAAGAUAUUUUGACGAAAUUUCACAAGAUACUGGGAAGUUCUGUUUUGGCGUCGAUGAUACAUUGAAGGCCCUAGAAAUGGGUGCUGUGGAUAUCCUGAUCGUCUGGGAAAACUUAGAAAUCCAGAGAUUCGUGCUAAAGAAUCAUGCGUUAGACGAGGAAAAGGUUUUGCAUCUACGUCCUGAUCAAGAACGGGACCAAACCAACUUCAUAGAUCAGAGUACGGGGGUUGAAUUGGAACUUGUCGAAAAAAUGUCCUUGCUUGAAUGGCUGGCUAAUAACUACAAAAAUUUUGGCGCAACACUCGAGAUCAUAACUGAUCGUUCACAAGAAGGGGCUCAAUUCUGUAAAGGCUUUGGGGGAAUUGGAGGUAUACUAAGGUAUCGAGUUGACUUCCAGUCCAUGGAAUUCGAUGACGAUGAUUGGAUGGACGAUAGCGAUGACGAUUAAACAAGAGGGAAAUUAUAUAUUUACAUCGCAAUAAUAAAAAAAAUACGAACAAUAUAUUGUGUAAUAACCAUUACAACAACUAAUAAUUGUUCCCACUUGAGUGGGUUUAUAAUAUGAAACAGAAAAUAUAGACACAACGUUGUCGUUUUA